AUGGCAUAUCCGGAGUUGCUGCUUGAAGCUCUACAGGAGUUUGAUUGCGAUGGUGCCAAGGGGUCAGAUCCUUUUCUCCAGAGAACCAACCUUCUGAUAGAUGUCACCACCAGGAAUUUUGCAGAUGAUGAGUUGCGAUUAGGAUUCCAACAGAUGUUUCCAGAAGGAUUUGGGGUCACUGCCUUUAUGCAUGAUUUCCUGACCGUCCCAGCAGACACCCCAGGGGAUGAUGACCUCAUGCUGGUUUGGGAUACGCAGAAAGCCUUGCCACCAACACAUGUCAAGAUCUGGGGGUGCCAGGUCUUUCAGAGUGAUCUGGAUGUGCGCACUUUUUUCUAUGAUGAACAUUCCAGUUGGUUUUUUGCAGACAAUCCAGGGAACUUGCCACGAAGCUUGCAACAUGUGGAUUUUUUCUGCGGAGGGGUAGGAGGUUGGUCCUCAGCCUUGAGAUUCCUCACCAACGAAAUCCGAAUGCCAUCCCGAUCCAUUGGGAUAGAGAUUGACCGUGCCAUUGCCAAGACAUAUGCCAUUAAUCAUUGUGUUGCCAGAGCAAGAUGGCUUGCCUUAGCAAUUAGAGUGCAUUCCAGUUUUCCACAAGUGCCAUUUCCAACAUGGCGCCUUCCCACUAUUGACACAGAUCAUGCAGUGUUCCUUCGACAAUGGGAUGAAGACACAAAACAGCAAUUGGCAAUCACUGAAGCAGUGUACAAAGUGGCAUCCGAUCCAAUCAAAGCUGGCAGACAUGGUAGGACCAAGACACCAACGGAAGUCUUGAGCAGCCGCAUUUAUGGACAUAAAAUGCACCUACCCACAUUUAUGGCCCAAUAUGGUAGUCAGCAUGAAUUGCCAAAUGCACACUUGGAUGAACACACAUACCUGGGAUUUUUCUUGCACGAUCACACCAUGCCUCAAGGAGCACGAUUUUUCCAUCCGGCUGAAGUCAACUUGCUUCAUGGCGUCAUUGAUUGGAUGUUCGUCUCACAUGACUUGAAACAUGCAUGGCGCACUGCUGGAAAUUCCAUACUGCCCAUUCAUGCCAUGAUCCCUUUGGUUGCGAUGCUCGGUCCACAUUUGACACAAACAAUUUCUAUUCAUGAUGCAGUGCUUGCUUUCCUGCAGAGGCGAAUCAAGGCCAAUGAGAUGCAAGUGUUUCAGGUUCCACAAGGUGAGCUGUAUACCCGGAUUGACACCGUACCUGUGCAGCCAUUCCUUGAAAGCUUGAAUUCGCUCCACCACAUGGAUGAUCAACAGCCCUUGCAGGUAUGGAUUCCACAGGUAGGUACACGUGACAUGCAACCAGUGCAGCCGACACUGGAUGACCUGCCCGACACACAGUUUGAUGCCAGUGCUGUUUCUGGUGCCAUCUCAGUUGCAUCCUCAAAUGCAUCCGAAUGCCCGCCCAAUGUGAUCCUGCAAGCCAAGAUCCAGGGUUUGGCCUUCCUUCAGUCAUUUUGGUUUGCAUCCGAUUUGCCAGCCGCUGUAGUUGAAACACCGUGGAAUCAUGCAUUUGCAAGUGAGUUUCCGGAUUUGCAUGCAUUGGAUGGUCUCACCAUUUUGCGUCCCCGUCCGUGUCCGGUAGAUUUUGGCAAUCCGUACCGAGAUGUGCUUGUACAAAUUUUGGUGGAUCAUCAGAUGACACUCAUGAAGAUGGAACAUGCAGUUCCAAUCCAAAACCAUCCGGAAGUCUCUUUGAUUGCUGAUGAACUUUUUGACCAAUUUGGGAGGCUGGAACCACAUCAAUGCACAGCAGAUCACACAGCUAUCAUGACCAGACCAAUUUGCAAUGGUGAAUUUCGUGGCCCAGUUUUGCAACUGCUUGCUGCCUUGGAACUUUGCCCUGUCCAGACACACUGGAACUCGGACAAUGAUGCGUUUUGCCUUUGCUAUCAAGGUGAUCCUAUUUGCUUGCAGACCAUUGCUGACUUCUGGACUGCAGUUGUGCCACUGGACAUGCAGAGCUUUUUAGGUCGCACCGUCCAAAGUGUCCCUUGUCCGGAUGGAGUCAUGAUCCAGUUUGUCCCAUGUCGCACACAUGGUGUCAUGUCCCCGAAUGCCUUUGCAGUGCAGCUUUCGGUACUGGCAUUCCGAUCCAUAGUUUGUGCAGUCAAUCAAACUCUGCCCCAAGAAGGUAGCAAGCCAGUCUUGAUCAAGUGGACCACAAGACCGCUGUUUAACGCUGAGCUCUCCGGUGACUUUACCAUUGCCAUGAUCAUCAAGCUCCUUCAUCAUGCAUUGACACCAGCCAAUGGUAGUGCCCAGCAUAGGAUUGUCCAUCAAGCCAAACAGAUCAUGCCUGAAGCCUACCUCCGUGACUUGGAAAUGCAAUCAAGACGUCAGGCAGUAGUAUUGCAUGUAGUGCUACAAAUGCAUGGAGGUGGACAAAAAACCACAGCCUUGCGCACACUGUUGACGGAGGUUAACCUUGCCAUGCCAGAAUUGCCUAAGCCGCAGACCAAGAAAUUGCCUCAAGGGUUGCCUUGGAAUCAGCCCAAAAGACGGAAAGGUGAAGGAGACAUUAAUCCCGCAGAUUUUGACAUCUUGGAAACCUUUUUCCAGAAUGAGGAUGGGACACCAUGUCCUCAAGUUUCCGCCGUCCGACCUCAGGCCACAGGUGUUUGUUUGCUUUCCAGCCUCCAGGCAGAACCUUGGCUCUCCACCUCCGACAAGAUCAGCAGUGAUGAGUUGGCACUCCUCGUGAUUGGAAAAUCUCCCAGCACCACUGUGACAGGGGAGGAUGUUGUCGUCCCAUGCAGAAACUUGGAUGGACACAUGGUUUUGUUGCAUUGCCACUUGUAUCAGCUUGGCACCAAGUUGGUGACUUAUCAAAAGGGGGACCCAAAACAAAUCAGUGCGGAUCAUUGCUCACUGGUAGCCAUCACCUUGCACAAGGAUGACUUUCAACCUGAACCAUGGGCCGAAGCGCUGCAUCGAACAGUCCCUUUCAUCCGGCAAGUUUUGGACCAGGAAAAUCUUGCGGAUUGCGUUUUGAGCAUUUGGGGCAGGUCAUUCCGUCAGGGAAAAUCCCCUUGUCCGCCACAUCAGGCUGCCACGAUUCAGGUCCAUUGUUCGGUCCCAAAAGACAAGUUGCAUAAGCUGCUGGCCAAGUCAGGGUUCAACAAGCUGUUCUGUACCCCAAAGAACUCUGCUGGUCGUCUCGACACUGGCUACCAAGUCAUUUGGUUGUCUUGUGAUUCUUGCCAAGCUGCAGUGUCCAGUGCAAAAGUUGCCAACCCCCUGGGACUGGUGAAAGGACGUAAGACCUUAGGUAUUCGAGUCACUGAAGCUGAUUUUGCAGCAGCGUGGCAGCUCCUGUGUCCACAGCAGCCGCAGCCCAUCAAACAAGCAGGGGAACAUGUUUACCGAGUUGAUGGUUUACCGUUUGGAGUGACCAUUCCCAUGAUGACCCAAUGGCGUGCCAAGAUAGGAUGGACUGCACAGCCAAUCAGGGCUUUGGGACCGCAAUCCAUGCUCAUGCGAUCUGACAAUGCACCCCCAGAAGGCACAAGACCUCAAGCAUCACAAGCUGCUGCAAGUACUGGUCGCACUGUUGAUGGCCCCACUGAGCUCAGACUUCAGGCGCAGGAUCAAAAGCUGAAAACCAUAGAGCAACAGCUCGAGAAGCUUGCAAUCAACCAAGAGACCAUGAUCAAACAGACAGACGCACGUUUCCAAGCUGCAGAGCUUAGAGAGAAACAGCAUGUUCAACAAGUCGCUCAUACCAUGGAUGCACUCAAGAUUGAAGUAGCCAAAUCGCUUGAUGUUUCUUUCCAAAAGAAUACUCAGAUGAUGGAUGAGAGAAUGGCAGAGCUCAAACAUCUGCUCAUUUCUCAGAAACGGCCUGCACCGGCCGAUGAUGCCAUGGAUGAUUGA